AUGACGGAAGAAGAAAAGGAACGAUUGGAAGACUUGGAAAAUCUGUUGCCCUGUAUACUAUAUUAUCAUCGAACGGAACAGAAGGAUGACGACGACAACGAUGAGACUAUGACUCGUCGUUCCUAUAGUCUCUACGAUGGAUUUGAUAAAGAACACAGAUCAUUAUCCUUACGGUUGCACCAACAAGAAUGCUCCAUCUGUUUGAUGGAAUAUGAGGAUGGAGAGAAACUUACUUCUAGUCACAAUCUCAACUGUUUACAUGCAUUUCACCGAGACUGUAUGAAGAAAUGGCUCGUUUCCAAUUCUGAAUGCCCAUGUUGUCGAAAGGGCUUUUUGGAGUUUGGUGACAAUGACGAGGGAGCGGAUGAUAAUGAAAUUGAUACCAUCAGCCCGCUCAUUGCUUCACGAUUCGCCUUGUUGGCAACAACCUUUCAACAGCAAGUGGGACGGAUGCGGCAAGACAUUGAAAAUCAAUUGGAGCCAAUCAUUUUAAGACUGGAGCAGCAACACCAAAAUGAAACCAUUGAUCCACCCAAUGCCAAUCAUCACCAGCAGAGACGAACGACUAGAAAUGACACCGCAACUCAAUAUGACGAAAGUAGUCCAUACGCCACGGGAUCAUCUUCCAUAAUACAACAACGAAUGGAACGAAUUCGUGAGGGACUCAGUGAUCAAUUCGUGAAUAUGAUGGUUCGAAUAGAACAGAAUGGAAAUGCCAGACGUGGUGCUGGUGACGACAAUAGUGGUGCUGGGGAUGAUACCAGCUGGCGCAAUUAG